CUGUUCCAUCUCUUUUCGUGAUACGCAUCGCUUCCAGUGUUGGAAAAGCUACCUAAGUUCAACACAAUAAUGCACUUAAAAUUCAAUGUAAAUAUAUACACAGCGUAAGAAUGGCUCUUGGCACAGAUAAUGUGGCUAAGAAUUUGGGAGAUCAGCCAAAGAUUUCCACAUUUGCCGUGCUGGAUCUGGAAACGACAAACUUGCCUGCUUUCAGCAAUAAUCGCGUUAGCAUAACGGAGCUGUGCAUUUACGCCUUUGAAGCCGCCCUUCUGAAGCAGGAUAAUGCUAGCAAAGGAGUCAAGGGUGAGGACCAAGAGAUGCUGCCGACGCCACCGCGUGUUCUUCACAAGCUGAAUCUGCUAUUCCAGCCUUCUAUGAGGGUGCAUCCAGAGGCAGAGCAACACACAGGUCUGAGCAACUAUCUGCUUGAGCGGGAAUCCAAACUUGACCGGGAAUCCGCACAACUCAUCAUCAGCUUCAUAAAGCAUUUGCCAGCUCCGGUUUGCCUGGUGGCACACAAUGGCUGGGGCUUUGAUUUUCCCAUCGUGAGGCAGGCCCUUGAAAAGCUGAACCUGGAGUUCCCCCCCUCCGUGACAUGUGUUGACUCACUCCGUGCCUUUUUGGAGAUUGACGAUAAGCGGCUUAGAGAAGAAAGUAUCAUAAUAGAGCCUGUGGAAGCAGAGCACAAGGAUCAAAGAGAGGAACCUGACCCCGAACCUUGCAAACUUGAUAACGAAAUCAUUCCGCACGUAGAGACUGAGACCGUCAAGGAAAUCGACUGGAAAAUUAGGAAUGAAACCACGCCAAAGCGUCCGAUUCUAACGCCCUCGCAAGCAUCUGCAAAACGAAAGCAACUUUCCGAUGAGGACGAUGAUGACUCACAGACGCCAGCUAAGCGCACAACGCAGGAUUUCCGCUCGAGACGCCAAUUGUUUAGUGGCCUGAAGUGUGCCGAGACGAAACGCUUUCCGCCACGUCUUAAAUACAGAUUAGGAAGCCUCUACACUAGUAGAUUCAACCGUCCAGCACACAAUGCUCACCAGGCGGAGGCCGAUGUGGCCAUGCUUACCAAGCUCAUACAGCAUUAUGGCAUUGAUUUCCUGGCCUUUGCCGAGGAACAGGCCAUUCCAUUCCAUCAAGUUAAGCCACUGGGUUCGCCGGCCCAGGCAAAACGAUGACCACACUGGGGGCCAAUAAUGUUCCACCUGGCCACUAUAUAUAUUCUUGUCUUGAACGAACAGUGUUUUUAUUGUGUCACAAAUAAAUGCAUGAUUUUAAUAUUUUUUAUACA